AUGGCUCCCAAAAAGAACAAGACUGCCAAAAAAAACAAAGGGGAUAUCAAUGAAAUAACCAUAAUGGUCGAGGAUAGCCCGAUCAAUAAUAUCAAUGGGCUGAAUACCUUGUUAGAGGGAGGAAACGGCUUCAGCUGCAUCUCAAGUGAAGUCACUGACCCUGUUUAUGCUCCUAAUCUCUUGGAGGGUCUUAGUACCAUGAGACAGGACAGUUUCCUCUGUGACCUGACCGUCUCCACCAAGUCAAAGUCCUUCGAUGUCCACAAAGUUGUCAUGGCCUCCUGCAGUGAGUACAUUCAGAAUAUCUUAAAGAGGGAUUCCGCCCUCACAAAGAUCGACCUGAACGACCUUUCACCCACAGGCCUGUCCACAGCCAUCACAUACGCCUACUCAGGGAAACUAACCCUGUCAUUGUACAGCAUUGGCAGCACCAUCGCAGCAGCCAUGUUGUUGCAGAUCAACACCCUGGUGAAGAUGUGCAGCGACUUCCUCAUGCAGGAGCUCAGUGCAGAGAACUGCAUGUACGUGGCCAACAUCGCCGACACCUACAACCUCAAAGAAACAAAGCAGGCCACCCAGAAGUUCAUGAGGGAGAACUUUAUAGAGUUCUCUGAGAUGGAGCAGUUCCUGAAGCUCACUUACGAGCAGAUCAACGACUUCCUCAGUGAUGAUUCUCUGCAGUUGCCCUCUGAGAUUACAGCCUUUCAGAUAGCCAUGAAGUGGUUGGACUUCAACGAGAAGAGGCUGAAAUACGCCCCAGAUCUUCUGACCAACAUCCGCUUCGGGACCAUCUCAGCCAUGGACCUGGUCAACCAUGUCCAGAGUGUGCCCAGAAUGAUGCAGGACCCCGAGUGCCAUCGUCUCCUAGUGGACGCCAUGAAUUACCACCUGUUGCCCUACCAGCAGAACAUUCUGCAGUCCCGCAGAACAAAGGUACGUGGUGGCAUCCGGGUCAUGCUGACAGUGGGUGGACGACCGGCCUUGACGGAGAAGUCUCUCAGCAAAGAGGUCCUCUACAGGGAUGAUGACGAUGUAUGGAAUAGGCUCACAGAGAUGCCAGCCAAGAGCUUCAAUCAGUGUGUGGCAGUCCUGGAUGGCUUCCUUUAUGUUGCUGGUGGUGAAGACCAGAAUGAUGCCAGGAACCAGGCUAAACAUGCUGUCAGCAACUUCUGCAGGUAUGAUCCUCGAUUCAACAGCUGGAUUCAUUUGACCAACAUGAUCCAGAAGCGCACCCACUUCAGUCUCAACACCUUCAAUGGCCUCUUGUUCGCUAUUGGUGGUCGUAACUCUGAUGGAUGCCAGGCUUCAAUGGAGUGCUACGUGCCCUCCUCCAACCAAUGGCAGAUGAAAGCCCCCAUGGAAAUCCCCCGGUGCUGCCACGCCAGCUCCGUCAUUGAUGGCAAGAUCCUUGUUAGCGGUGGUUACAUCAACAAUGCGUACUCCAGGGCUGUGUGCAGCUAUGAUCCUUCCACUGAUGUGUGGCAGGAUAAGAACAGUUUGAGCUCCCCUAGAGGCUGGCAUUCCGCUGCUACAGUCGGAGAACGGGCUUACGUGAUUGGUGGCAGCCAGCUGGGUGGCCGUGGAGAGAGGGUGGAUGUCUUAGCUGUUGAGUGUUUCAACCCUCACAAUGGGCAGUGGAGCUACUCUGCCCCCCUGAACACAGGAGUGAGUACUGCUGGUAUCGUCAGCAUGAAUAAUAAGAUCUAUCUUCUUGGAGGCUGGAACGAGAUUGAGAAGAAGUACAAGAAAUGCAUCCAGGUGUAUAACCCUGACCUCAAUGAAUGGACUGAGGACGAUGAGUUGCCAGAGGCUACAGUUGGCAUCUCAUGCUGUGUCGUUACCAUACCCACACGCAAAACACGAGAGUCCAGGGCCAGCUCAGUUUUAUCUGCGCCAGUCAGCAUAUAGA